AUGGUCGGUUUCGCGGGCCUCCUAGGCAGUGCCUGGCUUCUCCCCGUGGCUUAUGGGGCGAGCCAGACGGCAACCGCGGCCUAUUCCCAGUACACCAUUCCUGCCUCUGUCGAUGUCGGUGCAAACCUGAUUGCCAACAUCGAUGACCCGCAGGCUAUCAAUGCGCAGUCUGUUUGUCCCGGUUACAAGGCCUCGAAUUUGCAGAACACAACCCGAGGCUUCACGGCCAGUCUCGCGUUGGCUGGCGAGCCCUGCAAUGUCUAUGGUACCGACGUUGAUUUUUUGACCCUUUCAGUGGAAUAUCAGGCAGCGGACCGGUUGAGCAUCCAGAUCACCCCUAGCCACGUCGAUGCGUCGAAUUCAUCUUGGUACAUUUUGCCAGAGAACAUUGUUCCUAGACCCAAGGCUUCCUCAAACGCAUCUGCCACUCAAAGUGAUCUCUUAGUCUCUUGGUCCAACGAACCCUCCUUCAACUUCAAGGUGGUCCGGAAAGCUACCGGUGAUGUACUCUUCAAUACUGAGGGGUCUGUGUUGGUCUAUGAAAACCAGUUCAUCGAAUUCGUUUCUUCUCUGCCUGAAGACUACAACUUGUACGGUUUGUCAGAACAUGUCAACCAGCUAAGGCUGCUGAGAAAUGCAACCUUAACGGCAUGGGCUGCCGAUGCAGGUAAUCCCAUUGACAGCAACAUCUAUGGAACGCAUCCUUUCUAUCUAGACACGAGAUACUACGAAGUGGACGAAAGUGGAGCUCAUACCCCCGUCAAGGAAGGCGAAACCGACCCUUCCAAGGAAUAUGUCUCCUACUCUCACGGAGUGUUCUUGAGGAAUGCACAUGGCCAUGAGGUUCUUUUGCGUCCCCAGAAUGUGACAUGGCGUACUUUGGGGGGAAGCGUCGACUUGACCUUUUACUCUGGCCCUACCCAGGUCGACGUUACCAAGAACUAUCAAAUCAGCACCAUUGGACUACCCGCGAUGCAGAAAUACAACACUCUCGGUUUCCACCAGUGCCGCUGGGGAUACAACAACUGGACAGAUCUUGAAGAUGUUGUGUCUAACUUUGAAAGAUUCGGCAUUCCUUUGGAAUACGUUUGGCUUGACAUUGAUUACAUGAAUGGCUACCGUGAUUUCGAAAACGACCCCAUUCGCUUCCCUUACGAUGAAGGCGAAAAAUUCCUGGACAAGCUGCACAAAGGAGGCCGUAACUUUGUCCCUAUUGUUGACUCAGCUAUUUAUAUCCCAAAUCCCGAGAAUGCAUCAGAUGCCUAUGAGACCUACAACAGAGGCGCGGCGGAUGAUGUCUUCAUCAAGAACCCUGAUGGCAGUCUCUACAUCGGAAGCGUCUGGCCUGGCUAUACUGUUUUCCCUGAUUGGCAUAAUCCUAAGGCAUAUGAAUUCUGGGCCAAUGAGCUUGCUCUCUGGUGGCAGAAGGUGAAAUAUGAUGGAAUCUGGAUUGAUAUGAGUGAAGUUGCUUCUUUCUGCAUUGGCAGCUGUGGAACCGGCAAUUUAACAAUGAAUCCGGCUCAUCCACCCUUUUUGCUUCCUGGCGAGCCUGGAAAUAUCGAUUACGUUUACCCAGAAGGGUUUGAGGUGACCAAUUCGACCGAGGCAGCCUCUGCCUCCGCUGCCUCCUCCAGCCAAGCCGCUGCUACUGCAUCAUCAACUGAAACGACUUCCGUUCCCUAUCUCCGGACAACACCAACCCCGGGAGUCCGUGACGUUAACCACCCUCCUUAUGUGAUCAAUAAUGUGCAACCUGGUCAUGAUCUUGCUAUCCACGCCAUCUCUCCAAACUCUACUCAUAUCGAUGGAUAUCAGGAGUACGAUGUGCACAACCUUUGGGGACACCAGAUUCUCAAUGCCACCUACCAGGGAUUGCUCAAGGUUUGGUCUGAAAAGCGACCGUUCAUUAUCGGUCGCUCCACCUUUGCAGGUUCUGGAAAAUUCGCGGGCCACUGGGGCGGAGACAAUUACUCCAAAUGGGGAACUAUGUACUUCUCUAUCUCCCAGGCCCUAUCCUUCUCGCUUUUUGGCGUUCCUAUGUUUGGCGCAGAUACUUGUGGUUUCGCUAACAAUACUGAUGAAGAGCUCUGCAAUCGUUGGAUGCAGCUAUCGGCCUUCUUCCCCUUCUACCGGAACCACAACGUCCUGGGAAGUAUCCCGCAAGAGCCUUACCGGUGGGCAUCUGUCAUUGAGGCCUCAAAAUCUGCUAUGAGCAUCCGUUAUGCCAUUUUGCCCUACUUCUACACCUUGUUUCAGCUCGCCCAUACCACUGGAUCUACUGUUAUGCGGGCGCUCGCAUGGGAAUUCCCCAACGACCCCUCGCUCGCAGCUGUUGACAAUCAAUUUCUUGUCGGUCCUUCUAUCAUGGUCGUUCCGGUUCUCGAGCCACAGGCAGAUACUGUUAAGGGUGUUUUCCCCGGUGUGGGUGCUGGUGAAAUCUGGUACGACUGGUACACGCACACAGCCGUCGAUGCGAAGCCCGGUGUCAACACCACGAUUCCCGCACCACUGGGCCACAUUCCUGUCUUUGUGCGUGGUGGCAGCAUUCUACCCAUGCAGGAACCGGCCUUGACGACUCGGGAUGCCCGCAAAACGCCCUGGGCUCUCCUGGCUGCCCUGAGCGGCAACGGAACCGCGUCCGGUCAGCUUUACCUGGACGAUGGAGAGAGUAUCAACCCCAACGCCACUCUCAAUGUCGAUUUCAAGGCUGCCCAAUCUAGCCUUAGGGCUUCGGCCCAGGGAAACUGGAAGGAGACCAAUCCUCUGGCAAACGUUACCUUGCUGGGUGUGACCAAGGCUCCCUCCAACGUGACUCUCAAUGGCCUCAAGGUUCCUUCUAGCCUUGUCGAGUAUAACUCCACCUCGCAGGCUCUCUUUGUGGGAGGCCUACAGAAUCUGACGGCGGGCGGUGCCUGGGCCAAGAAGUGGGUGCUGAAGUGGUAG